AUGGAUGGUUUAAUUCACGCGGCAUUGGAAGCAGAGGUAAUACUUAAUCGAGUGAAACAUGCAAAUGCAAACAUAACACAAUUUGACAGUGGUGUUCCAGACCAUAAAAUGACUUGGACCCAUGAAAAAAUGCACAUAGCUGAAUCUGUUGAUGAAAGCAGAAUGAAGCUCCAAAGAAAUUCCACUACACUGGAUAGAUCAAAAAUAACAGAAAAAUUUGAUUUAUUUAAAAAGUUACAUGAAUUGUAUAUUGAAUUAAGUAGAGAUGAAGCGUCACAAAUUAAUUAUCAAGGACUUAAAACAACAUCAUAUUUAUUGGAAAAAUUAUUAGCAACAUAUAAUCUCAAUACUUUAAUUAUAAAUCUAUAUCCUGGCAAUAAAGGGUACUCAUUAUCAUUGAAAGCUAAUGGCAAUACACAAUAUAUUCAUCCUCCUGAUGCAAAUAUAUCAAGUCAAGAGGAGACGCUGAUAGAAACUCCUCGAUGGCCUUAUGAAGAAGAAGAGCUUCUUAGCUAUAUUGAUAAUGAAGAAUUACCUGUGGUCCUUCUUGAUCUGUUAGAGUCAGAACACUCAUCCCUUUUCUACUCUGGCUGCAUAAUUGCUCAAAUAAGGGACUACAGGCAGGCAUAUCCCAGUUUUUUAUGUGAUACACAUCAUGUGUUACUAAGGCCUACCAAUCAGAGCAUAAUAACAGAUGCAAUGUGCAUUGGAGGCAAAUGUGGUUGGGCCGGUGAAGAAAGAGGAGCUCUUGAAGCAGUGGAAGCAGCCUUAGUACAUGCAGCUGCACCCCCUCUGUGCUUGGACCCGAGACCUGCUGUAGGUCUCUUGGCAGCUCGCUUACAUGCUGCUCCACGACUUUUUAACACACCUAGAAUACGGAGGCAAGCAAGACGAUUCUCUCAGGUGGCAGUAAAUAGAAAAAGAAAAUUGGAUCAAUUCACACACUAUCACGGAUUAGAGUUAUUGGAAUUGAUUCAUAGACAAAGAGCAAAGAACAGUAGACAAUCUGUACCACUUACUAGACUUACUUCCAAGUAUCCCAAGAAACCACCAGAGGUGUUCAAACCUAUAGAGCCACCGAAAAUGGACUCUGUGCCGUUAGUGUUGCCGUCCGAACCAACGGGUCCACUUCGCUUAGCUCGUGCGUAUGAGCGUCCACGACCAACAUCAGACUGUCAACCGCAGCUAGUCGAGGAAUAUAUUCUGGAGACUGAGAAGACUUCGCCACAUGCUGGUGCCGGUUUUUUCCAUAUAAAAUUGUCGAUAUUACAAAGGCCGUCCGAUCAGGAGUUCCUCGGAGAGUUAUAUGUGGAUAGAGAUCACGUGGAAGGAGAAAGGAAUGGCGCAGCGUGUCGAUUUAACUUAGGAUCAAGACUUCAAGCUAAUAAAUACAUUCAACAGUUUACUGAAAUUUUUACGGAGGAAGGCCGGAAAUCUGUGAGGAUAAAGCACAUUGUACCUGGGCAACUACCUAGAGUCUCUUUCACGGGAGGCAUGAGGGAAAUGGGCCAACAGUUGUUGUUACAGCAAAGAUCCGCAGCUGCAAACAGCUCCACUGUCCAAACACAUGCGACUACAGUUCCAGUUGUAACAUCUGCAAUAGCGCCGACGCCAAAUUCACACACGAACGCCAGGCAGUUACCCAUUUUGCAGGCUCAACUGCAGCAAGUAGGCAGCGUUGGUGGCGUUGCAACUGUGGGUACCGUAGUUGGUGCCGUGGGAAAUGUAGCGGCAGUGGGCAACGUAGCAGCAGUGGGUAAUGUAGCGGCCGUGGGCAACGCUACUGCUGUAGGGAAUGUGACAGCAGUUGGCAACGUGGCUGCUGUGGGCAACGUAGGUACAGUCGGCAAUGUGGGCGUCGCCAACGACGUUGCAUUGAAACAACAGCCAUCACCGAGCACACCUCGCCUCUCUCCACAGGUACAUGACAUCCAUUCGACGCAGGCGUCAACGAAUCAACUCCUUGCACAACAAUUGACCAACCCUCCACAACCUCUUAAUCCUCAAAAAAUGCAAUCAGCUAUUAUACACAUACAGCAUCCACUCAUGUCUUCUGCGGGAACGUCGCAGGUCCAAAACAUCCAGUACACGAAUACAUCGACGACGCAACAGAAAACCACCAUAUCGAAGCCAAGAACAACGAACCCGGCCAUCAGCGCACUUGUCACUAGUCUAAUGAAUUCAGCACAACAGUUCCAACAAGCGGCGAGUCAAAACGCUGCCAAGUCAGUGGUCAGUACAGCGAGUAACAAUGCAACAAUACUAAACUUAUUGAAUAGUGCGCCGGCCGCAAUGACUCACGUGACCCACGCUACCCAUAAUAACGCGGCUACUGAUGGGACGAUAGAGGCUCACAAACUCCUCGGUCGAACUGUUUCUAUAGCAGGAGCGAGGCUUAUCGCCACCACCACUGCGUCGCAUGCGUUGCCUACGUACACACAACAGGUUAUGAGUGGGUACACUCGUGACAGUGAAACAACGAAUGUAUCGAGUAGUGAAAGUGCGUUGUUAGAGAGGCUAAUGGGCGCCGAGCCUACAGCCACACCUGCAUCACAACCGCAACCUGUAUGCCAUUUACAGGGUGUAAGUUUAACGUCGCUACAGGGUCUACAGGGCAUUCAAGGCUUACAAAAUGUUCAGGUGCAAAUACCGGGCCUGUCUGCGCCCAUAUCAUUGUCCUUAAAUGUUUCUGGUGCCCCGAGUGGUUUGUUGGUGUCAGUUCCGCCGACUACUUCGGUCGUACUAACGAAUCAACCUUCAGUUCUCUCAUUGCCUAUUGCGCAACUAAUGUCUGGCGGCGUUAAGGGCGCAGUCCGGGGGGGCACGGUGCAGGUGGUGCGCGGCGCGCGGCCGGCGCGCCUCGCCCGCCCCGCCGCCCCCGCCCCCGCCCCCGCCCCGCAGCCCGCGCCCACCGCGCCGCGUCCGCUGCAGCACCCCACACCAGGCACUGCACAGUUCAUCACACAAACUCAGACACAAGCACUGAAUCAAGUCAGACGAAAAUCGAAUCCAGACAGUUCAUAG